AUGAACCAGAACACCGACCCGACCAGAGGCUGGGUGUGGCACCCGGAGGUGAAGAACCACUACCGCCAGGAGUACGACGGCGGCACGUCCUCUCAAACUGGCACACCAUAUGGGCUGAGCAGUAAGCCCGCCCCCAUACCAGCCAUGUUCCUUCCGCCUUCCUUGCUGAACCAUUGGCCUAGAGACCGCGGCCUUGUCCGACGCGACUCCCUCGCGCCUUCCGUCCCGUCCGAUCUGCACGGCGUGGCGGCCGGAGGGUUAGGGGAAACGAUUCGAGGCGAACAGGAGGAGAUCGACUCCGAAUCCUUGGACCCUGGGUACAUGAUUCAGAGCCGGAGGUUCUUCACCCAAGGCAGGAUGUUUUCAGUCCUCUUCACCGAACCGUGUGGAGAAACCACGGACCCCGGCAGACACGUCGACAACAUCUCGACCGUCAUGUUCGGCCAACGAGUCUUCAGCAACAUCCGGCGUUUCAUCGUGGUGAAGGAAGGAAGAGGUUUCGCCUACGCCUGCCCGGUUUCCACAUAUGGCGGGCGUGCAACGACCAAACGUGGAUUGGAUCCACAACAGCAUGCCAUUGUCUACAUCGCAGGGACGUACCCUCAGUACGUGGCCGGCGAGCAACGCUUGCAGAAGGUGCCGAUCCCCAUCAAUCCCUCCGCGGGCUCCGUGACGCUCUCAGAGGCUUCUCGCAUCAACUUUGCCAUCCAUCAUCCCAUUCAACAUAACGUCAAAGUCAAGGAUCUGGGCAUCGUUCACCCAGACUACAUCCCCACCCUCAUCUCCUACGCAAGGAAUGAAUCCGGAUUUUGA